AUGGUCAUGCUGGAUGAUGAUCAUGAUGAUGAUGAUGAUGACAGAAGCACCAAGAGCUUCAACGCCCACGUGGAGCUUGUGUUGGGAAUCCAAAGUGGCAAAUCUCCGACCUGGCCGGCCCUCUCUCUGGUGUCCAUCGGCCUGGUGGUGAAACACUUCUGGCGCAACUUAGUGGAGCUCUCCCGUGUCCAUCAACAGCUUCAGGAGGAGAGAGACAUCGUAAACACUGGGCGCUCGUCUGCGGCGGACGCCGGUGAGACGGCGGAGGACAAAGACAAGCUGAAGAAGCAGUGUCUCUCGCCAUCGUCUGUCAUCGGCCGACGGCCUCCGUCCUCCGUGUCCCAGGCGAGUUCUGGACUGGGCAGCUGCUUCUCCUCCGGCCCGCGCUGCGUCGCCGUGGAAACGCGUCCCGUCGGCUGCCAGACCGUUGCGUCGUCCCUGGUGCCGUGCGACGCCUGCGCCCGGGUGCAGAACAGCCUCCGGACGGUGAGCGACGCCCUGGUGGCCACGUGCCAGGGCCAAGGCCUUCCCUCCUCGCUGGGGCGCUUCCUGGAGGCGGUGGACGAGUCGCUGGAACACGGGUGUCUCUCGGCGGCCGACGUGGCGCAGUGGGCCGCCGAGCAGAGCCGGGACCUGGGCCGCCUCGGGAAGCACCUCUCCCAACUCCGGGACACCAUAGAGCCGCUGAAGGAGAGCCAGGUGGCCCUGGAGGGACAGCGGGCCGAGAUGAAGGCGCAGGUGAAGAGGAUGGAGGACUUGAUGGCCCGGGAGAGGGAGGAUCACCGUGCCGGCAGAGAGCAACUGGAGCUCAGGCUCAAGGAGGCUCAAGAGAGGGAAGAGGAGGCGGUGAGGAGGCUGCAAGUGGAGCUGGAGGAGCUUAAGCAGGGUGCUGCGUCUUUGAAGGAGAAGAACUGCAGGAUGGAGGCAGAACUUUGUGCGCAGCAGGAUCACGUUCACGCGCUUGAGCGGGAGAAGAGUCGGCUUCUGGAGGAGGUGCGGCUCCUUCGGGAGGAGCGGGCGGCCGCGCGAGACCUCGAGGAGCGACGGCGCUCCCUGGAGGCCGAGCUCUCCAGCCACAAGCUCCUGCUGGAGAAGGAGAGCGCCAAGUACCUGAGCGCCUGUCGCCAGCAGGAGGCGACGCAGGCCAAGCAGAAGGCCCUGUUGGAGCGAGCCGACGCGCUGGACCUGGAGUGCGAGGAGCUGCAGGAGCGCCUGGGGGCGAGCGAGGAGGCCUGCGCCGACCUGGAGGAGCGGCUGAGGAGCACCACCACGGAGACAGAGCGUCUGCGGAUCCAACUUGCAGAGCAGGAGGCCCUGGUCAUCAAGCUCCAGGAGGAGAAAGAGCGGCUCAAGGUGCGAGCCUCAGAGCUCCAGGAUGAGGUGCAGGAUCUCGUCCAGAGGGAGAAGCUGCUGGUGGCCUUCCCUGAGCUCAGCCCGGCAGCCCGGCGCCCCCCGCAGAGCACAGGAGACAUUCUGGAGGACAUGGAGCAGCAGGUGCGAGCCAAUCACGUGCGCAUCGCUGUCCUGGAGAAGGAGAACGCCGCCCUGAGCAGCAGCCUGGCCAGACUGAGAGACGGAGCCCAGCAGCCAGACGCACCGGUUGUCUCUCCUCUGCAGCGCUGCCCCUCUGUCGUGGGAACCGGAGACAGCAGUGGAUGUCCUGCCCUGAGGCCCCAGUCCUUCACACAGGUGCAGCGAGCCACAGAGGCCACCAGGGGCCGGCGGAGGGCUGGGGAGGGCAUGUCCAGCAACGGCGCCGAUGGGACCCUGCCGUGGGACGGAGAACUUUCCGCAGCCUCCUCGCAUUCGCUGAGCUCCGCCUCGAACCGGCUGCACUUCCAGACCCUCGGGCUCCAGCUCUCCCCCGAGUUCGAUGGCGCCAAGACCGACCUCAAUCUCCACCGCAUCUACAGGACCCGUUCGGCGGGGAGACCCCCAAGGAGGAAGUGA